CAGACAACAAUUCAAGACCUGAUCCAGAUCAGGCCCCAAGAAUUCGAGAAACCCAGCGCCCAGGCCAUAAAGGAUGCGAUAAAUGCAAAAUAUUCGAAUAGAAUCAUUCAAAACAUUGGGUUAUGCGUCUGCCUAUGGGAUGUCUCGGAGAGCACAGAAGGUCUCAUAGGUCACGGGACCGGGCUUGUCAAUGUGAAUGGCAAGAUGGUGGUUUUCCGCCCUUUCCGUGGUGAAAUCAUACGCGCAAGGAUAAAGAUGGCUACAGAGGAGGGCAUAUUUCUUGAUGUAGACUUCACAUCAGAGAUCUUCGUACCGUACCAAAACCUGUUCCCGGGCUCAACCUUUGAUCGUGGAGAGGGCGUUUUCAUCUGGAAGACGGAAGAGGGCCAUGAGCUCUUCUUUGAUAAGGGAGAGCCGGUACUUUUCCGCGUUGAGCAGGAGGAAUGGAUCGAUCAAAAGCCUACCGUGAUACAGAAGGAUGAGGACGGUGAGAUCAUUGAGACGAGAGAUACAAGUUGGAGAGUCAUAGGCUCGAUGAGUAUGGAGGGAUUGGGUCCAACAUUGUGGUGGGGAGAUCAGGAGGAAGGGGAUGAUGAACAGGGGCAAGGUGAUGAGAUGGAAGAGUAA